CCUGUCAAACAUCUUCCGAGUGGCUACGCACACACACUCUCUCUCACAUGUUAUAUCAAGCCUAGAGGCACUCACUCACAGCGUGUUAUUGAAAUCUCACCCAUCCAAGCCAACUCACAUAUACACACUUUCCACAAUGGCGCCUACUCUCGAGUCCAGCAAGAUCGCCUUCAUCGGCGGCGGCAACAUGGCCGCGGCCAUCAUCGGAGGCCUGGUCGCCAAGGGCAUCGACAAGCAGAACGUCAUCGUCUCGGAGCCGUGGGACGUGAACCGCGAGAAGAUGGCCGCCCUCGGCGUCCGGACGACCACCUCCAACGCCGAGGCCUUCGCCGGCGCCGACAUCGCCAUCCUGGCCGUCAAGCCCCAGGUCGCCAAGGCCGUCUGCAACGAGCUCGGCGCCGCUGCCUCCGGGCGCGACACCGUCCCCGUCGUCGUCUCCAUCGCCGCCGGCAUCACCCUCGAGGCCCUGCGGAAGUGGCUGGCCCUCGACGACGGCCGCACGCCCCACGUCGUGCGCGUCAUGCCCAACACGCCCGCCCUCGUCGGCGAGGGCGCCUCGGGCCUAUUCGCCGCCCCCGACGUCACCGACGACGAGAAGAAGCUGACCGAGGCGCUCAUGGCGAGCGUCAGCAAGGCCACCGAGUGGGUCGACAAGGAGGAGCUGAUUGACGUCGUCACUGGCUUGUCGGGAUCCGGCCCCGCCUACUUCUUCGCCAUGGUCGAGCACCUCAUCUCCAGCGCCGUCGGUCUCGGCCUCUCGCCCGAGCAGGCGAAGCGCCUGGCCGCCCAGACCUGCCUCGGCGCCGGCAAGAUGCUCGUCGAGUCGCCCGAGGCGCCCGGCCAGCUGCGCAAGAACGUCACCAGCCCCAACGGCACGACGCACGCCGCGCUGCAGAGCUUCGAGGCGUCCGGCUUCCAGGACAUUGUCGACAAGGCCGUCAAGGCUGCGACGUCCCGCGGCGAGGAGCUCGGAAAGACGCUGGGCAACCAGUAGAUUCUUCAUUGACUGGCUGUUAGUCUCAGAGCAAGCAAGAUCUGGGACGUUUCAACGAUACGUCGAUUGGAAAAUCGGGAAAUCAAAAGUAACAAAAGUAAAAAUGGCACCAAAUAGAAGUGCAUACAUGAAAUUAAAGGAAUGGCUUUGACCAAGUUUUUCGCUUUGACUUGAACAUGAUGAUAUCGAAAC